ACCCGUAGACACGCUACAGCCAUCCAAUCAGGCUGUAAUUGAUUGCUAUAUUCGACUCUCUCUAGGCUCUACAUAAAAUUAUCUUUUACUUUUUUUUUCCCUGAUCGCAAUACACUACGCAGUGAAGUAGUAUUUUAUUUUAUUAUAUUCCUCAAUCAGUUCGUCUUUCUUUUCUUUCCUUUUUCUUUUUGAUGGCAUACCAGCUAGUAGUUAGUGCUGUCAUGGCUGUUAUGAUAAAACUAGACCUGUUGUUUUCGUGCCAGCAGGUCCGGUCGUACUGGUGAUACUGAUGACCAACUAUGAAGUAUUUAAAUGCUAUAAAGUUAAUAGUUAGCUGCUAAAAUUAGCUAAAGAUAUUUUAAUAAUCUAUCUAAUAGUUCAGUUAUCAGCUACUUUUAAUAAAUUAGAUAAUAGUUAGCUAGCUAUCCCUUCCGUCCAUAAAUGUUGAUCGUUCUUACUUUUUAAGGAAGUCAAACAUUUUUAACUUUAACCACAUUUAUAUAAAAACUAUUAAUAUUUAGAGUAUAUAAUUAGUACCAUUAGAUAGAAUUUUGAAUUUGAAAAUACAAAUGUUGUUAAUAUAUUCUAUAAAUCUAGUCAAUCUUAUGAAAGUUUGACCCAUACGAAAUAACAUAGCGACAAAUCAAACAUUUAUGGACGUGGGAAGUAUUUAUUAGCUAACUAAUUUUAAUAGUAAUUUUUAGCUAACUAAUUAUUAGCUCAAACACCCCUGGUAUCGUACUGUACCGCAGUGGUCAGUGACUUGGCAUUGCCAGUACCCGUAGAGUACUCUUGGAUUGGAUGGAUGAAACGGAGUUAUUUGAGAUUGUAAUAAUCUCGUCGCGCGGCUUCGUCACUUUGUUACUCCGCAGCCGCGCAUCGCCAGUAUGGUAUUCUCGAGCUCACAUCGUUGCCAGAUAGGGACAGUUAUUCCCCCGUCCUCUGUUACCUUCCAUUAGCUAAGGUAAAAGUCAAAAUUGUCCCUGCUGUUUACACGAGGCCGGUGAAAACCUAACUCCCCCUGACUCCUCUCUUCUUCCACUGGGCUCUCCUUUUGCGCCGCCACUACUCUGUGCUCGCACUCCUCCUCCUCCGAGAGCACGAUUCCUCCAAUGGCUACUCCGGCAAGAGGCAAGAAACGGCUCGUCGUCGACGUCGAUCUCGAGCUCGACAGUGAGGUCGAAGUGGCUUCCGCCUUCAGCCGACUGUCUGUUUCAGUCGUUGCCAAGCGUUCUUCGAGCACUCCACCAGCAAGCAGCGCACCACCGGCAAGCAGCGCACCACCACAAGGUUGCGGCUUCGAGCACUGCACCGGCAAGCAGCGCACCACCAGCAAGGAGUGGACCAGCGGCAAGGAACUCACCUGCGCGGCCACAUCAGAGCUCACAGACGGCGUCAAUCAGUGCUCGGCACCUCGUUCAGUGUCGAUUACCCGAUUUGAAACAGUUCGUAGUGACCUCGCCCAAGCCAUUACAAAGAUGCGUGUAGUUGGGAAGGAGUUGAAAGAUUUGGCUGGAGACGAGAUUAUGGAUUCGCCAGAUACGGCCAAAGAGGUGUCAGUGAACUUCGCAAUGUGGCGCGUGUAUGAGCUUGCUCAGUCACUUGAGGACGAAGCACAGCGUUUAGAAGAUCUCGAAGCUGGUCCGUCGCCACCAUUAUCUGAAUGGUUCAACAACCAAUUUGCUGAAGAUGAACAUAUGGGUGGUGGGGAAUGGGCACUGGAUGAUGUCAGUUCUGAAGAGCUUUCGGAUCGUCAGAUGAAGUAGAGUAAUAUGGGUGUUGUUUAACGGCACUAGAUCAAACUCAAUCACUGAGUCUGGCAUAACCUCCAAAACAGCUUCUCUCCAUCUAAAUAGUAAUUUGAAGUUGUCCUCCCAUGUUCCAUACAACUCUCUAAGGGCCUUCUCUUUACCUUUCCACACUGUAUCAUAAGAAAUUGUGCAAUUGUGCUGCUCUUGCAAGGUAUUUUGCAAUUCUUUAGCUCUCAUAUGUGGUUUCUUCGUAAGGAAUGGCAUUGCUAGGGAAGCAACCCAUGAGCUGGUGGGUGUUGUUGUUUUUCGACGACCACUAGAAGUGCAUGUGUGCUUAUCCACGAUAACUGUAACCUGCAAACAAUAUAAAAUUCAUUGUGAGCUUCCCAAAUUUCAUUU